GCGGGUCGUCGCGCCUGCGCGGUGCGGGCGGCGGGCAGCGCAGAGUGCGAGGCUCUUUUGUUCGGCGGAGGGGAGGGCCGUUGGCCGCGGCCUGCGGUACGCCGCUUCAGUGAGGGGCUCGACUGCGGACACCCGGCCUGUUGCUUUGCUGGGCGCCACUCCUCCGGCCCGCCCGACACAACGCGCCAGUAGCGCGGCACCGAUUCCUCUCGGCUCUUGGGCGCUGCUCUGAGCAGCGUCACCCUUUAUACCAGAAAGCUGGCGGGCACUAUGGGGAAAAAACAAAACAAGAAGAAAGUCGAGGAGGUGCUAGAAGAGGAGGAAGAGGAAUACGUGGUGGAAAAAGUUCUCGACCGUCGAGUGGUAAAGGGCAAAGUGGAGUACCUCCUAAAGUGGAAGGGGUUCUCGGAUGAGGACAACACGUGGGAGCCAGAAGAGAACCUGGAUUGCCCCGACCUCAUUGCUGAGUUUCUGCAGUCACAGAAAACAGCACACGAGACAGAUAAAUCAGAGGGCGGCAAGCGCAAAGCUGACUCCGAUUCUGAAGAUAAGGGAGAGGAGAGCAAACCAAAGAAGAAGAAAGAAGAGUCAGAAAAGCCACGAGGCUUUGCCCGGGGUUUGGAGCCAGAGCGGAUUAUUGGAGCUACAGACUCCAGUGGAGAACUCAUGUUCCUGAUGAAAUGGCCAGUGAGGUGGCAGAACUCCCAAGGUAAGGCUGAAACAUCAAGUUUAUAGAAUAUGUUGACAAUUCAGUUCACUAGUUUUUGUUUAUAUUAAAUAGCUUGUGUUAAAAUAUUCAACAGCAGGUCUGAGUCUACAUUGUGACCCGUUGGUUUGCAUGGUGCUUUGUGAUAGUACCAAAGGCACAGUUUACCCCACAUGGAUUUUUAAAUAUUCUAGUUGACUUUGCCCGAUCCUGCCCUGUGGACUGUUGGCAUAGCUUGGGGUCAGGCUGGGUAGCUCUGGGAUGGGCCCAUUGUUUCUACUACUGCUUAAGCUCCUUUCCUGAUUGGAAGGUUUAAGACAACCUAACUUGCCUAAUUAAUGUUUAAAACAAAAGGCAGAUCACCAACUCUGGUCUUUUCUCCACCUCUCCCCAAGUGAACUAGGUUUUGUUUCCUUGGUUGAAAUGGCAUCUGGAAUGAACAAAUACUAUGAGACCUAUCUCCAUUAUGCAGUCAAGUUAGACUGGACAAGAACCAACUUGAAGACUUUUCAUUGGUAUUUUUGCACUUCAAAAAGGAAGACGAUUUUCUAUCCGACUGAUUUUGAAAACACACCUCUUUAGCAAGGUUUGGUACUCUGACUCCUCAAGAGACAACUUGUGCACUGGAUUCUGUUUCUUAACUAAUUCCGGCAAAUGUGAACUUUCAAAGAAUUCCUGGAUAGAACAAGGACUAGAACUCAAAUCAGGUGUUAAAUUUCACAUGUAUCCCCCAGAGUCCCGAAUGCUUUUUCUCCACUAUGAAGUUCAGAACCAGAGGCAAGGAUGACUGUACCUCUGUGAAAAGAAAGGUGAAAGGAGCGUUACUGUUUUUGGUACAUUGACAAAACGACAAGUCAAAGGUCUGUGGCUCCCUGUUCACUUCCCAGAAGGAUCCGUGACAGAAAAACAAGGCUUAACCACUUAUGAUAAUCAAGCACAUGGGUUUUGCUAGAGAAUUUCUACGCUUGGCUGGGAAAGCACACUAAUCUCGUAGCCGUGUUUGUAUAUGGACAGCAUCAAUAAGGAAUGGACUUCUGGCUGGCAGUGCCCUAAAACUACUGAUUUAGUCUGCGCUUCUAAGGUUGUUGCUCUAGGUCAGUGCCUACUGGAUAUGGUAGGCGACUUGAGGGUGGCGGGGUUAUUUUCCUGCAAGGCACUUGUUUUUCCAGCUAUUGGCUAAAAACCUGAGCAGCAAGGCCUGGGGUAACCUAGGGUUGUAAAAGCAGGGAUGAGGGCAGCCUGAGGCGGGGAUCCAUGGCUAUUUUGACUCGUCAGCCAUGGAGGCCAGGUCUUGCUGACAUUGAGCAUGUCUCUAGAUUACUAUUGUCCCCUCACAUCUAUAUUUCUUCUAUUUUUACUGAUACUGAAAAUAGCCCCAGCUUCAUUGGAGAGAUCUCUGCAGGGCAGAGGUUGAAACAAUGGGUCUAUUUCCAUCUCACAUGAUUUAAGAUGUACGUAAAAUUGGUUUGAAGCCUACUAGAACUGAAAUCAAGACAAAGCAAGCCUUCCACCCCCACCCAAGCAGGUCACUGUGAAGUUAGGUACUUAGUUAAGGAUGAGGCCUGCUCAUCUCCCUACCAACCUUAGGACCUCUACUAACUUCCUGUCUAGGUGUAACAGCUCUUUCACAGGCCCUUCUUGAGUCCUUUAUCUUCCUGCCAGAAAAAGCCUUGAAGCUGGUUCACCCACUCCACCUGCCAGCAACAAAAGAGGUCAGCCCCACAGCAAUGCUGACCAACUUGGCCCAAAGCCCCUGCUAAUCAGCGUGAUCCUAGACACAACUGUACAUCUCUCCAUAAAGGGACAUGGGGGAAGGGUGACAAAAAUACUCUUCAGACCAGGGGCAACACUAAAGGGGUGAGAGAGCAUUUUUUUUUUCCCUUGAAAAAUCUUCUGGAAGCUAAAAAAAGUUGCAAAACAAGAUAAAAAGUUACAGCCUAAUAGUGUACUAAACAAUCAAAAAUACACAUUUCUAGAAGGGUUACGAAAACAUUAAUCUCUGAAUUUUGUCAGUUUACUCUUCUACAUAUAAUUUGUAUUUUUUUUAUCAUCAUGAGUUCAAGUUUCUCAAACUUAAUUUUUAGUCUUUCUCUCUCCCUCCCCUCCCCCACAAGAAUCUGGCUUACAAAAAGUACUUAAUUCCUAAUUAGGAAAGAGCUCUUGUUUAUAUGACCAACUCUUUCCAACUAGACAUGGGAAAAGCCAUUGUAAAUUGAAACAAGUAAGAAAUCAGUGUUAUUCCUGAAGUCUAUUCCACCCCUUAGGAUAGUCUAGCAUCAUUAAAGCACUGGGCUGAGUCAGGUUACACAGUGGUACAUGGGAGUUCAAGAUCACAGCUUCUGGUCCUAACCUUGUCCUGUUAGACCGCCAGGUGAGCACUCAUUACUUGGGCAUUUGCUAAGCACCUACGCCCAAGAUGGGCAUGUGGCAGUUCCAGCAACCACUCAGUACCUUAAAUCAUUCAGCACUUCGCAGGCUUGGUAUUAAGGCAGGGUUUUGUUUUGGGGGGAGAACAGAUUCUGGUUCUCAGCUGGGGCUUUACUAUACCUUAAACUUGGGGUCUGGCUUCCUGCUCUUCUAGUUCUGUGGCCCUGCUGUUAUACUGACAUGCUUGGCAUGUGUUGGUCCUGUUGAUUUCUUGGGUUUCCACCAUCACAGCCAUUGGUGUGACUCCUCUCCAAUGCUCUGCACCUCUUUGGCAGGUGGUGCCGCCAGAGAUAGCACAGUCAACAUGAAAUGCUGAUCACAGGUGGACAGGCAAGGAGCUGGGCCAGGUCACGACACCUAGUUUAGCCCUAUGAGAAAGGCAAAAAGACUCCAAAUCCUUCCUGAAUGGAUUCCAGCUGGCAAACCUUGUAAAGGUACAAAACACCUGCUUAAAAAGUUUAACACAGCACUCAAGACUAUUCUUUUGUCUCUACUCAUUGUCAACCUCCCCUGUGCUCCACCACAUUCCCAUGUGAGCUGUCUUAGCCACACAAUGGCCACUUCUCCCCUUGAGGCCUGUUUACUAUCAAUUUAAAUUCAAGGUAGGGAAAAAUUGCACUUGAGAAUGAAUCAUCCAUUUUAUUUUAUUUUGUCAUGUGCUCACAGCCUCUCUCUCCUCUCCCUGGCAGGUCACAGAGAUAAAUUAAAAAUAAAAUCUACAAGGAAAAUAAUUUAUAAAAGCACUUUCCAGGCUCAUGCCUUCUAUCCCUACUGCUCAGUUAAUGUGUUGCCCCCUCCCCCAAGUGGGGAGAAGAAUCAGUGCUUCCCCUCUCAACUCACUCCUGCUAGUCUGGAGGCAGACACAGCACUCCAGAGCUAGGCAGGGGGUGGGGGCAGCAGUGGCAAACAGUUAAAGACACUGGUCCUAGAACCUUCUGGCCACCUUGGCACUCCCCUCUGCCUUCUCCAGGAGCCCUUGCUAAACAGGGUGCAGAGAAGCUGCCUGUGGUCAACAUUCUGGGGGGAGUGGGGAGGUGCCCUCAUCCCCCAUUACAUGCACUUCUUUCUCCUAGAAACAAUCCCAAAAAAGAAAGCAGACGGAGACCUCGGGACAGAGGAGAAAAAUCCCAAGUGUUCACACAGUUACACGGAGUCUUUAUGGCAAAGAGAACAUUUAGCAGCUUUGAAUAUUGGGGUAUCUCCUUUUUACUCAACACAAGCAUUCUAGACCCUAUAAGUGAAACAGGGCUCAAGCCCUUAAAUCAAAGCGCAAGAAACUCUAAGAGGACUAGUUUGUUGUUGCUGGGAUUUGUAGUUUGUCUUUUCCAGUGAUAAGCCCAGUUGGUGGUGGGAGGCCUGAGGGAAGUCACUCCCCAGUGUUGUGCUGAAUACUUCCUGGCUUCUCCGUAUCCCCCUGCCUCAGAGCAGCCCCCAGGAGGCUGCAGGCCCAGCACUGGGGGAGGGGGGGACAUUGCCAGCACCCCAGCUGCAGAUCAUCUCUGGGCAGCCGGUGGGUGGGGUGGCAGGGCGGGGAAGAGAACAGCGUUAGCAUGCAGGCUCUGAUGGAGUCCUUGGAGCCUCAGCUCAGGGGUAACUGGGCACCGAGGGAGAUGGAGUGGCAGGGCAGUGAGUGACAUGCUUGGUGUUGGGGCUGUUGCAACAUGGGACCUUGUGACCCUUUCCUGUUCACUCUACCCUUUAACCCUAACCCUCCAAGCCAGUGUUGGGUCCCAGUGGCUCCCCUACAAUUGAAAUAUUCCAGGAGAUAUCCAAGAGCUCCCCUUGAAGAAUGCCAAAAUGCAGGAGCAGAGAG